AUCAACUUUGCCUCCUCCAAACUCUUUAACCAAAUCCACGACAAAUCAUUCCAAGUCGACUGCUCGAUUGAUUCAUAUGUAUUAUUAAUAAUCAUCUCACGUCUAAUCUCCCACAAUCACCGCGACAACUAAACAGUCAUCGAUCACACUCUUUUCCUCGGCUUUGGCGCUGACUGUGCCUCAUUCUUCUCAUCUCCCCAGCUUCCAACCCCACAUCUUGAAGCGAUCGACCGACGACACCCGCUAGAAACGUUCGACAGGACUCAUCAACCAGCUUGGCUCAACUCUACUCGACUGUUUCUGUGAUAACUACGCCUCUUCUUAUUGUUAACUAACUCACUCAAGAAUUGCUCACCACAAACAAUAUCAUUGGUAUUGUCUUUUCUCAAUCGGGCAAUCGCCCGUUUCUCCGACCAACCUCAUCUUACUCUCAACCCGCCGCCCUCAGUCACUCACUCUCACUUUGCCAGUCACUGGCUUUCUACAACACAAGAUGGCGCCGAAUCGCGGCGAAGACGAUAUAGAACGCCUGUCAAGGACCACCAAUGAAUAUCCUUCCAGUUCCAUGAUAGAACAUGCACGGCGUCCUUCAGAAGCUUAUGUCAACCUUCAUGCAAACAUUGAAGCCAAAAUCAAGAAUCCUCUCUGGGGUCUUCCACGAGCAAGACUUCUAGCUGAUGUUGAUGACUUUUGUCGAAAAAAGGAACUAGAACAGUACCGCCCCCUCAUUCGCAAGGGCGCUCUAGUUGCGCAGGAUCCCACUGGCUAUGAGGAUAUCGAUGGAGACGAAAAGCUUGACGACACAGAGAUACAAGCGCUCAGAGACGAAAUCCUCCACAAGUGGCGAGUCCCUUUUGUUCUGUACUUGACCGUUGCGACAUGUUCCAUCGGCGCCGCCGUACAAGGAUGGGAUCAAACAGGUUCGAAUGGAGCGAAUUUGGAGUUUCCCUAUGCUUUCAAUAUCGGCAGCGAAAGUAUACACGACAAGCUCCUCGUCGGUCUCGUCAACUCUGCCCCUUACAUCGGAACAGCCCUGUUUGGCUGUUGGCUUUCGGAUCCCCUGAAUUCCCGUUGGGGUCGUCGCGGCACGAUAUUCUUCUCGGCCAACUUCUGUCUCUGGCCUGUCAUUGGGAGUGCUUUCUGUAACAGCUGGAGACAGCUUUUUGCGUGUCGUGUAUUACUUGGUAUUGGAAUGGGCACCAAGGCUUCAACAGUCCCCAUCUUUGCCGCGGAGAACUCACCUGCCCCGAUUCGAGGAGCCUUUGUCAUGAGUUGGCAGAUGUGGACAGCUUUCGGUAUCUUCCUAGGAACAUGUGCGAAUGUCGCUGUUACGAAAAUCGGCCAUAACGCCUGGAGAUUCCAACUAGGAUCAGCGUUCAUCCCAGCUGUACCCUUGAUGUGCUUGAUUUACUUCUGCCCAGAAUCGCCGCGUUGGUACAUGAAGAAGAACCGUUACCAAGAUGCGAUGAAAUCCCUGUUACGACUACGAAACCACCCGAUCCAGGCCGCUCGCGAUCUAUACUAUAUCCAUGCGCAACUCGAGGUCGAACUGGACUUUAUUGGCGAGGCACACUAUGCCAAACGUUUUAUCGAACUUUUCACCAUUCCUCGCGUGCGCCGUGCUACUGUAGCUUCAUUCGUCGUUAUGAUUGCCCAGCAGAUGUGUGGGAUCAACAUCAUCGCAUUCUACUCGACAAGUGUGUUCCGGGAUGCAGGCGCCGACGAUAACCAAGCUCUGCUGGCAUCGAUGGGUUUUGGACUGGUUAACUUUGUCUUUGCCUGGCCUGCAAUAUGGACGAUAGACACCUUUGGUCGACGAUCUCUGCUACUCUUCACUUUUCCUCAGAUGGCAUGGACACUACUUGCAGCAGGUCUAUGUACUUUGAUCCCAGGCACAGGCGGAGCUCACAUGGCUUUGGUUGCGUUUUUCGUCUAUCUUUUCGCGGCCUUUUACUCACCUGGCGAGGGUCCUGUGCCCUUUACCUACUCGGCUGAAGUGUUUCCUCUGUCGCAUCGUGAGGUGGGCAUGUCGUGGGCUGUGGCAACGUGCCUUUUCUGGGCGGCAGUGUUGUCUAUUACUUUCCCACUGAUGUUGGCUAGACUACAUGCUAUUGGUGCUUUUGGGAUGUAUGCAGGCUUCAACAUUGUUGCGUUGGUUAUGAUUUUCUUACUGCUACCAGAAACAAAGCAGCGGACACUCGAGGAGCUGGAUUACAUCUUUGCAGUACCCACUCGUGUCUUUAUGAGAUAUCAAGUUACGAAAGUGCUUCCCUGGUGGAUCAGACGAUGGAUCUUGUUCCAACGAGAAGCAAGACUGGAGCCUCUGUAUCAGUUUGACACAGUUGGCGAACCCGAGGAUAAUCACAGCAGUGACUUUGGCUAUGAAAACGACAAGGCAAAAGUUGAAUUGAAGGAUACAAUUGGACUUACGUCAGGUGUUCAGACGACACGAUGAGGUUGAUGGUGGAUAUUGUGAUAUCAUGACAUUUGGCGUUUGUUUAUGGGAGACUUGAUUUGGAGAUUUUGUCUGUACUGUACUCUUAUGAUACCCUGCACGAGAAAGUAGCAAGCGAAAUGGAAUUGGGCCUUGCCUUCAACUAAAG